AUGGAUAAUAAAACUGAAGACCCCCACAAUGCUGAAAAUAACAUAUUCACCACAAUUGCUCAGGGCGACGUGUCUGAAUUCAAGAAUAUCCUGGCGCAACACAAGGGCAGCGUCGAUUUUUUAGACGAAAAUGGUAUGACCGCUCUUCAACACGCCGCUUAUAAGGGCUGCAAGGAUAUGGUGCAAUUACUUCUCGAUAGGGGCGCGGAUGUUAAUUGCGGUAACCAUGAGUAUAAUUACACGGCUCUACAUUUCGGUGCAUUAUCAGGAAAUUCAGAGGUAUGCAAGCUCCUCUUAGAGGCAGGCGCGAAACCCAGUGCUACUAACUCCGUAGGCCGCACUGCCGCUCAAAUGGCUGCAUUUGUUGGAAACCAUCACACGGUGGCGACAAUAAAUAACUUCAUACCGCGUAGUGAGAUAACUUACUAUUCCACGCCACAAGGACAACAGGCUGAAGCCUACAUAUCCCCGCUAUUAGUAGAACCUCUCCAUAAAUUUGUUCUUGGUGUGAAUAUUCAUCCAGUUAGGUUAGCUCUCAAUUUGCAACAUGCUUCAGGCCUAUUAGAUAAUGCUGAAAAAGUUAGUAAAGUCCUAGAGAUGUUGUGUAAAAAGGAAAUGACAAGAGGCAGUGAGACUAAUGAAGUUAUGGCAUUCAAGUACCACUAUCUCUCUUAUGUAAUAAGGGAAUUAAAUAACAUUAGGGACAAGCAGAAACCGCCGGUGGAGAGUGAUAAAAAACAUGACAUUGUUGAAAUUUUUGCUAAGAAACUUUUGAAACCUGGUAAAGAUGGUUAUUCCUUAGACUUAAUGGAUGCAUUUCUCAAAGAUUGUGUAAGGGAAUUUCCUUACCGGGAAUGUACAACCUUCCAUCAAAUGGUGACAUCGUUGACUAGUAAGGACCCUCCACCUGCAUUAUCCUUAAUAAAUUGCACCAUAAAUGGCCAGCGAGGCUUUAUUGACACUAUUUCAUAUUGUAGUACGUGUGGAGAAGAGAAGCCAGCUAAAAAGUGUUCAAAAUGUAAAACAGUGCAAUAUUGCGAUAGGGAAUGCCAGCGUUUACACUGGUUUGUCCAUAAAAAGGCAUGUAAUAGGGAGUCAAGUGUGCCUGCAGCCACAAAUAAUUCUAAAGCGAACAUUGAUACAUCUGAGUUAUCGGCUGAACUACAAAAUCUUGUUGCUGGAUAG